AAGGGGGGGAAACCCGCAAACCCACACCACCCAACUCCAAAACAAGGGAGGGGGCGGUGGAAAAUGUCCUCUGCCUCCCCCACCGCCCCGAUCCCCGGCGUGGUGGCGGCGAUCAAGCAGGAAAACGUGCUGGCGGACAUGCUCUCCGGCGUCGGGGCGCCCGAGAAGGCAGCCCGGGAAGGCUGCGCGCCGCCUUUCGCCAGGAAGCAGGAGGAAGACGACGACGACGGGGAGGACGAAGACGACGAAGACGAGGAGGAGGCAGCGGCGGAGGCGGCGGACCAGGUCCUGCUCCACGCCGAGCUGCUGGUGCGCAACCAGCACCAGCGCCACGCUGCCCUCGCCGCCGCCGCCGCCUGCUCCUCGCCGUCUCCCGCCUCGCCUUGUUCGCCGUCGCCGCCGCAGGCUCCGCUGGCUUUCUCCCCGGAGCACGUCGCGUGCGUGUGCGAGGCUCUCCAGCAAGGCGGCCACCUGGACCGGCUGGCGCGGUUCCUGUGGUCGCUGCCGCGGAGCGACCUGCUACGUGGCAACGAGAGCCUGCUGAAGGCGCGCGCGCUGGUGGCUUUCCACCAGGGUCUUUACGCGGAGCUGUACGGCAUCCUGGAGAGCCACAGCUUCGACGCCGCCAACCACGCGCUGCUGCAGGAGCUGUGGUACAAGGCGCGCUAUAGCGAGGCGGAGAGGGCCCGCGGGCGGCCCCUGGGCGCCGUCGACAAGUACCGCCUGCGCAGGAAGUUCCCCUUGCCGCGGACCAUCUGGGACGGCGAGGAGACGGUGUACUGCUUCAAGGAGAGGUCGCGCAACGCGCUCAAGGAGCUCUACAAGCAGAACCGCUACCCGUCGCCCGCCGAGAAGCGCAACCUGGCCAAGGUCACCGGGCUCUCGCUCACGCAGGUCAGCAACUGGUUCAAGAACCGACGGCAGAGGGAUCGCAACCCCUCCGAGCCGCAGUCCAAGAGCGAGUCGGAUGGCAACCCCAGCACGGAAGAUGAGUCUAGCAAGGGGCAAGAAGACUUGUCUCCCCACCCGCUUGCCAGCGCCUCUGACGGAAGUGCCACCUUGAGCCUUCCUGGCCACAUGGAGACUGUCUACAUGCAGCAGCUUGGGAACUCCAAAAUAUCUCUAAGCUCCCCGGGGGUUUUGUUGAACGGGAACUUGGUGCCCGCCAACCCGUCCCCCGUUUUCCUUAACGGCACCUCCUUCAUCCAGGGGCCCAACGGGGUCCUCCUCAAUGGGCUCAACGUGGGCGCCGCCUCGCAAGCGGUGCCGCUGAAUCCGCCCAAAACGUCUCUGAGCGCUUUGAGCAACGGCAUGCCCUUGGCCGACAUGCUGGCCUCUUCGUCGGAAGACGUGAAGGACUUCAAAAUCCUCCAGACUUCCAUGUCCAACUCCGCGGCCCCGUCGACGACGACGACGACAGCAUACAGCCCCAGUUCUGCCUCUUUCUCAGGUCUGAUACCAAGCCUUGAGGUGAAGAGGGAAGAAAGCGAAGAAGCCAUCGCCUCGCAAGACGGCGGCUCCAUUGUUACCUUCACAGGCCCUGUCCAAAUAAACCAGUAUGGCGUCGUCCAGAUUCCCAAUUCGGCAACAAACGGAGGCCAGCUCCUCAACGGAGGCAUCAGUUUUUCGCCGGUGCAGCUCCCUCCUGUAUCAACAGCAACUUCCCAAGGCAACCUGCCGCUAAAUCAAAGCACACCGAGCAGCGGCACGUUCACAAGCGACUCGGCCGCGACACAGCAAGGGAAAGUGUUUUUCAGCAACCUCCCUCCCAGCGCGGUGGUGUACACGCUCCCCAACUCGAGCCAGGCAAUCGGGCCAGUCAAGCAGGAAGGCCUGGAGGCGAGCCUGGUGUUUUCUCAAGUAAUGUCGCUCGGCCAGAACCCGCAACUCCACGCAACCCUGCCUUCGGACAGCCUCUCCGGCGGGGGCCUGCAGGCAGGGCCUUCCUCGCUCGUCAACGUCACCCUGUCGCAUAACUUUUCCCUGGGACCGGCCACUCUGAUAAACUCCGAAGAACUCGGCUCACCCGUGUCCGAGAGCCCGCCCCUGUCGGCCCCCGCCACAAGCGGGGCUACCGUGGUCUCCAUCACCAACUCAAACUAUGCAACGCUCCAGAACUGCUCCCUCCUCUCCGGCCACGACCUGAUGUCCAUUUCGGCGACGCAGCCGGCGCUCGGUGGGAUCGGCCAGGCCAUUGGCAGCCACGUCGGACCCCACCCGUCGGCGCAGGUUCACCCCCAUUUCGCCCGGGAGCAGCGGUUGGUGCUGCAGCCGGUCACCAGCCUAAAGGAAAACUUCUUGUCCGAGGCCGAGAGCAAAUCCGCUAGCGCCUUGAUGAUGCUGGAUUCGAAAACCAAAUACGUAAUGAGCAAUAUGGUCGACGCAAUCUGCGAGGAGCUGGAGACAGACAAAAAGCAGCUGGCCAAGCUCCAGACAGUGCAAAUGGACGAAGAUAUGCAAGACUUGUAAAUUAAUAAUAAUAAUAAUAAUA